CUUGUGUCAUUUACUGGGACGAUCUGAAAAAAGUCAGUCAUUGUCAUGUGAGAAUGCUUUUUUAAUUUUUAUUUAUUGUGUGAAUUGCAGUAGACUCGUAUGAUAUUUUUAUUGCUUCAACAAGUUCAGGUACACGUGGAUAUAGAAAUUAUUCAUUUGAAAUUUCGCGUGGUAUUUCUCUGCUUAAUUUUUUUUCACCUGACCCGGAUGUGACGUACGUCAACAACUGGAGGGAGAUAUAAAGGUCGGAUUCCACGGAUAGCUAAUUUGGAUUUAGCCAAACAUAUCAAAACCAUAUAUGCUUUUGUUGAAAACUAGAGUGAAGAGUUAUGCCUGAACCAGAAUUAUUAGGAUAUAAGCCUACAGCUACAGAAGCUGGACAAGGUCAACUGCUCAAUGGAGCAGACUGGCAUCCACCAGGAGGAAAUGGUCAGUUACAACAGAAUGGUGCUAAUGGGAUACCAGUGAAGAAAAAAGAGUUUCUCUCAGAUCCAGAUAUUGAUACAAGACCAGUAUCCACUGCAGAUCCAGACAAAGUGAACUUUAAGAAUGGACGAGUGUCUCCUACAGAUAAAAGUGACAAAGAUGAAAAAGAUAAAGACAAAGAUAAAGAGAAGAAAGAACCAGAAAAAAUGGUCGGCUUCUUUGAAGUGUUUAAAUUCUCCACAUGUGUAGACAAGCUACUUAUGAUUUUUGGUUCCAUCUUUGCCUUGGCCCACGGAGCAGCCUUACCAGCUAUGAUUAUUGUGUUUGGAGACAUGACAGAUCUGUUUGUAGAAUCAGGGAUGUUUGAACAAUUAAUGAACGAUAUUAGAAGUUAUUUACCUACACUUGGAUAUACAUACGACCAAGUCUACGACAAUCCUUUAUUACUGGAUAAUAACCGCACAGCAAUUCAAGCACAAGUGAACUAUACUAUUGACUGGAAUUGGCUUAAAGUCCAAGAUGAACUCCUGGAUCAAAUGAAAACAUUUGCAUUAUAUUACAUAGCCAUAGCUGGUGGUGUAAUGGUAUGUGGGUAUGUCCAGGUCAGUUUUUGGGCCGUUGCAUCAGAGAGACAAGCACACAGAAUAAGGGACAUGUUUCUACGGAAUGUACUGAGACAAGAGAUUGGAUGGUUUGAUACCCAUGAGACAGGAGAACUUAACACUCGUUUAUCAGAUGACAUCAAUAAGAUUCACGAAGGUAUUGGUGACAAGAUGGGUUCCUGCCUACAGUGGACCUCUGGUUUCCUGACUGGAUUUAUCAUUGGAUUUAUAUAUGGGUGGAAACUUACCUUGGUUAUACUGGCCAUCAGUCCUUUAUUAGCUGUUACAGGAUUUGUAAUGAAUAAGCUUGUAGCAGACAUGUCUUCUAAAGAAUCUGAAGCUUAUGCUAAAGCAGGGGCGGUAGCAGAGGAAGUAUUUAGUUCUAUUAGAACAGUGGUCAGUUUUGGUGGACAGCAAAAGGAAUGCCAAAGGUACAAUUCCCACCUACAGAAUGCCAAAGAUGUUGGUAUUAAGAAGGGUUAUACUAAUGGCUUUUCUGUGGGAUUAGUAUAUGUUGUUAUGUUUGGAGCCUAUGCUCUUGGGUUUUGGUAUGGAGCCAAACUAGUUAGAGAGGAAUCUGAUACCUACACUAUUGGAAAAGUUUUGAUUAUCUUUUUCUCUGUUUUGAUUGGUGCAUGGUCCAUUGGUAAUGUUGCUCCACCACUUCAAUCAUUGGCAUCAGCCAGGGGAGCAGCUUUUGUUGUCUUUGACAUCAUUAAAUUGGUUCCAGAGAUUGACAGCUAUUCUGAAGUAGGAUCAAAGCCUGACAAGGUGACAGGAAAUAUACAGUUCAGGAAUGUUAAAUUUACCUAUCCUGCCAGGAAGGAAGUACAGGUUUUGAAGGGUGUGGACCUUACUGUACAACCUGGUCAGACAGUGGCCCUGGUAGGAUCAAGUGGGUGUGGUAAAAGCACCUGUGUACAGUUAAUGACCAGAUUUUACGACCCAGAAGGAGGAACUAUUACUCUGGAUGGAAAGAAUCUAAAGGACUUGAACGUGAAAUGGUUGAGAGAACAUAUUGGUAUUGUCAGCCAGGAACCAAUCUUGUUUGCCAUGUCAAUCAAAGAUAAUAUAAAAAUGGGACGGAAUAAUGUUACUGAUGAUGAAGUCAUUGCAGCCACUAAAAUGGCUAAUGCUUACAACUUUAUAAUGGAUCUCCCUGAAAAAUUUGACACAUUAGUUGGAGAGAGAGGAGCCCAGCUUAGUGGAGGACAGAAACAAAGAGUGGCCAUUGCUAGAGCACUUGUACGGGAUCCAAAAAUACUUCUUCUUGAUGAAGCUACUUCAGCCCUAGACACAGAAAGUGAGUCCAUAGUACAGGAAGCUUUAGACAAAGCUAGAGCAGGUAGAACAACAUUAGUUAUUGCUCAUAGACUUUCCACCAUCAAGAAUGCUGAUAUUAUUGCUGGCUUUAAGGAGGGUGUGAUUGUAGAACAAGGAACUCACGAUCAACUGAUGGCUAGGAGUGGAGUUUAUAACUCACUGGUGACACUACAGACAAAGAAAGUAGAUGUGGAAGUUGAGGCAGAAGAGGAAGAAUUAAUAAAGGAAUACACUGAAGGAAUUAAAGAUACAGACAAGAAGAAAUUACACCGUGGAAUGUCUACUUUAUCAGAUGGCAAAUCUGCAGCUCUAGAGAAACAAGAAUCUGUGACUGAUAAAAAGAAAAAGAAGAAAGGAAAGAAGGGAGAAGAGGAAGAAAAGGAAAAGAAACCUGAUGUAGGAUUUGGUCGAAUUAUUCGUUAUAACGCUCCUGAAUGGCCAUAUAUUUUGAUUGGCUGUAUUGCUGCAUGUAUAAAUGGUGGAGUCCAGCCAGCAUUUGCUGUCAUCUUUGCUGAAUUGAUCGGAGUUUUUGCAGAACAAGAUGCAGACAAACAGGAAAAAGAAGUUCUGAUGUAUUGUUUGAUAUUACUUGGUAUUGGUGUAGCAGGUUUCAUAGGAUUCUUUUUACAGGGUGCCAUGUUUGGUAGAUCUGGAGAAAACUUAACCAUGAGGAUCAGACAGAAUACAUUCAGGGCAAUGAUUAGACAGGAUAUAUCCUGGUAUGAUGAUCAUAAGAAUGCUACUGGAGCUCUUACUACAAGACUGGCAGUCGAUGCUUCUCAAGUACAAGGGGCUGCUGGUGCCAGACUCGGUAGCUUGGUACAAAACAUUGCCAAUAUGGGAACAGCUCUGGUUAUUUCCUUUAUUUAUGGAUGGCAACUUACUCUUGUUAUCAUUGCAUUCUUGCCUGCCAUUGCUGUGGGUGGAGCUUUACAGAUGAAAAUAUUAAAUGGCGUUGCUGGGCAAAAUAAAGAAGCAUUGGAGGAAGCAGGCAAAGUUGCUACAGAAGGUGUAGAAAAUAUACGAACCGUUGCAUCAUUGACAAGGGAAGACAGGAUACAUGAUAUGUAUCUAGAAAGUCUGAGGGGACCAUAUAAAGCUGCUCUAAAGAAAGCACAUGUGGCGGGAUUUGCUUUCUCCUUCUCACAAUCUGUUAUAUUCUUUGCCUAUGCUGGAGCUUUCUUUUUUGGAGCGUACAUGAUCAAAGAAAGGGAAAUGGACUUUGUUGAUGUUUUUAAGGUAUUUUCUGCUAUUGUGUUUGGAGCUAUGGCUUUAGGCCAGGCCAGUGCAUUUGCACCAGAUGCAGCUAAAGCCCAGGCCUCAUCAGAAGUUAUCUUCCCUUUGUUGGAUACCACACCAACCAUUGAUGCUGAGUCUGAAAAAGGAGAAAAACCACAUGCUGAAACAGUAACCAGUACUGUCACAUUUAGAGAUUGCAAGUUCAGAUACCCUACUCGUCCAGAUGUUGAGGUUCUCCAGGGGCUCACUUUAACGGUAGAUCCAGGACAGACAUUGGCACUAGUUGGGACCAGUGGAUGUGGAAAGUCAACCACAGUUGCCCUGAUUGAAAGAUUUUAUGACGUAGAGGCAGGAUCUGUGUUGCUUGAUAAGUAUAACGUUAAAGAUCUGAAUGUUCCAUGGUUACGAUCCCAGAUAGGAAUUGUAUCCCAGGAACCCAUAUUGUUUGACUGUAGUAUCAGAGACAAUAUUGCUUAUGGUGACAACAGCCGAACACCAAGUAUGGACGAGAUAAUCAAAGCUGCUAGGAACGCUAACAUCCAUGAAUUUAUAUCAUCUUUACCAGAUGGCUAUGACACUAAUGUUGGUGACAAGGGGACACAACUGAGUGGUGGACAGAAACAGCGUGUAGCUAUUGCCAGAGCCUUGUUACGUAAUCCCAGGAUCUUACUCUUAGAUGAGGCUACAUCUGCUCUAGAUACAGAAAGUGAAAAGAUUGUUCAAGAAGCAUUAGACAAGGCCAGAGCUGGCAGAACAUGUAUUGUUAUUGCCCAUAGAUUAUCAACCAUACAGAAUGCUGACAAGAUUUGUGUGAUCAGACAUGGUACUGUCAGUGAAGAAGGAAAACACAAUGAUCUUAUGGCCAAACAGGGAAUUUAUUACAAGUUGAACAUGGCACAGAAACGACAGAAAUAAACCAUCUUACUUUAUCACUUAUUUAUGAAAAUUUGUGAUUAUUUUUAACUAACAAGGAAAUAUUUUCCUUAUCUGUACAUUGUAAUGAUUGUAAUGCAAUAUAGUGAUCAAACCAGGAGCUGUGAAGUAGAAAAUGAAAAACUAAGUUGAAGGUUUUUAUUGUAUUUUAUCAUGUCAUGCAUGUGAAAGAGAAGUAAAUAGAUAGUUUUGAAAUGUACUGUGUAUUGUAAGUGCUAAACAAGGUUUAUAUUUCUUCAAUCAAAUCUUUCAAAAGACCAAAAAAACAUUAAAUAUAAUGUUCUGAAAGCACUAGUUGUGUUUCAGCAUUUCUACCUCAGAGAAACAAUGUUUGUUUCUUAUAUAAAUUUGUGUUUACUUAUACCCAUUUCAAUAAAAACUAACUGAAUUCAUAAUGAAGACACUUAGAUAUCCACCUAUGGGAUUAAACUGUUAUCCUCAGAGUGGACACAAUAACAAAUACCCACCUAUGGGAUUAAACUGUUACCCUCAGAGUAGACACAAUAACAGGUACCCAGUAGAUGUACACCAUUUAGACACUUUUAUUGUGAGAAAACAUAGUAAACAUUUGUUGGAUUUAGUGCUUGUUGUAAUGGAACAAACUGUGUAUAUUUUGUUGAAUUAAUAUUUAUGUUAUAAUCAAAAGAAAUCCUCAUUGUUUUUGUAUAUUAACUGUGUUUGUUAAAUUUCAUAUAAAACCGGUAAAAGUCUUGUGAUAUUUAUCUUGUGUAUUAGUUUUCAACUUAUGUUUUAGCAACCUGAAUUUUCUGGAAUCUCAAAAAAUCUUAAACAACUCACUACUAUUUUUACAAGUUUAUUUAUUUCAUACUUAUGGUAGAGAAAUUUUAGAAGUCUUUAUGCUGAAGUCAAAAACUAGGUGCAGUAGUAAUUGGAACAUAGACUAGGUGCAGUAGUAAUUGGAACAUAAACACUAGUUGUGAUUAUCAUUCUGACAAGGCUUACACAAUAGUGAAGAGUUCAGUAUGAUGAGUGUUUCUUUCUGAUCUGCCUUCUGCAUAUUAAUCAUCUGUUGCUCACUACAGUUUUACAUUCAGCACUUGCCUUCUUUUCAAAAUCGUAUAGACAUUGUAAAGGUCGUUGAAGCUAGAGACAUUCAUUAUAUUCAUUAUUUGUUGUUUUCAUAAGGACUUUAUAUACUUAUAUAUUUAUUCCAGAAAACUUUGAUUGCUAGGUUUUAUUGAGGGCUAUGGAAUCUCAAUCUUAUUUGACUUUCUAUAUUUGGUAUUAUUAACAUUUUAGUAUAUAUACCUAUAUCAUGACAUACAUAUAUCUACAUUAUCUAACGGGUUUAGUUUUACACAUUUAUGUUUUUUGUUAGUGUAGAUUGUAUAUUCCUUUUUCUUUAUGUAUACAGUACCUGAUUCAAGGUAGUACUAGAGUAUAUUUUUUAGUUGGUAACCUUCAAUAGACUGAGUUUUAUUUACCUAAAUUUUUAAAUCUAAAUAAUAGCAUUUUUAUUGCUUCAUUUGGUUUGUUCAAAAUUGUUUUAUAAAAAUAUUUGUAUAAUUAUAGAUUAUCGUUGAUUAUAGUAAGGCAAAAGCGAAAAAACAAUUGAGUUGAGAUGACCAAUGAUAAUUUAUUUAUCACAAUUUUACCUAUGACGACAUUUUAAAUUUCAUGUCAAUUUCAUUAGAAAUGCCACAUGCCUUAGUUUCUAGCGAUCAUUUUCCAUCUCAAGCUGAAAAUUAACACCAAAAAAAAUCAAAGGAAAAAUGAACAAAACAGCGAUAAUGGGAGACAAUUUUUUUAACUUGUAUAAAAAGAUCUUUUAUAAAAUUCCAUCUUUCUUGUUAACAAAAAGAGCAUUUACAUCAUCGGUUUUGUUUUCUGAGAAAACUUUUCUGCCUCAUUUAAUGAAACAUCUUUAUUGUUAUGAUUAUUUGGUUCUUAUUUGUAGAAUUACUAUGAUUUUUUCCCAUGCUAUUACUUUAAAACAUUACAGAAUUUAUAUUGACCAUAUCAUAGAUCAUAUCAAGGUUUUUUAACUGUUGACUUUUAAAUGAGAAAAUGUGUUAAUCUUUUCAGAGCUUUCAGUUUAUGGUUUAUUAUAUCUACCCAAAAAGUAACAAGACAUAAAAUACAUAUCAGUUUGGACAGAUACAUUUUUAAUCAAAUGGAGGUUACACGAGAUGAAAUGUGUCUGAAAAUAGGAAACAUUGUUAAUAUCUGGGAACAGCUCAUCCUAAUGUCAUAAUGUAUAAUUUUCUAUUGUACUUUUAAAAUCAUUGUUUUAUUGUCAUCAUAUUGUGAUGUGUUUAACCAACAUUUUGUUUAGAGAUGUUAUCAAUGAAAUUCUAUGCUUGUCUAACUCAAGGUUGGAAAAGUAAACUAUUGAUUCCAUCUUAUGGAACAAGAUUGAACGUGAAAGUUAUUAUGUUCAAAAGACCAUUGAAUUAUGAGGGCCCUCAUUGGGUUUUUGAUUAUGUGAUUACUUGGCCGUUUUUUUAAUGAUUAUUUGAUUAUUAAGCCAAAUAUUUCCUGAUUAUUUGAUUACCUAGGACUGUAUUUUUAGUUUAUGAUUAUUUGAUUACUAAAGAUAAGCAAAUAUUUAAUGAUUAUGUGAUUAUAUUGGCAAAAAAAUGGUGAUUAUGUGAUUACUAGGACCCCCAUGAGGGGCCUCAAUUAUUAGUUUUAGGACAUCACUAGGAUAUACAUAAUUUGAAUGAAUCUGUCAGAACAGGCUUUUUUCAUGUUUGAAGCUGGUUUAUAUUUUAAUUUCAAAGAUAAUUUAUUUAAAAAAUUUGGUCUUUAAUUUUAUUUAGUGUUGUUUGUGUGCAGUAAUUUGAAAAAACCCAGCUUUUAUCAAACAAUCUGAGACAAUUAACAUCUCUAUUGUGUUCUAUUGAUUUUAUUGUACACAGAAGUAUUUUAUAAGAUUAACAGGGUAUAUUUUUGACAGACAAUCAUUUGACCAGUGUCUGACCAGCCCAGGGACAGUGACUGUGUGCUAUAAUGACCAGUUUGUAUAUUAUAUAAUGAGAGCAUGUUUUAAAUGUUGCUUUUUUAAAUAAAUGUAUUAAUUGUU